AUGGAGGCUUCUAUGGAACCAGCACAAAAUCCUGAUUUAAGCUCUGUCCUGUCCUCCUGUGAGCCAGAGCUUCAGGAGCUCAUGAGGCAGAUCGACAUUAUGAUCAACCAUCAAAAGAGGGAGUGGGAGGCUGAGGUCCGCGCCUUGGAGCUCAGGGUCAGGAGCAGAGAAGAAGAGCUGUUAACCUCCAACAACAUCAUUAACCAAAGGAACCUGGAGAUUAAAUUACUUCACAAGCAGCUUGAAAACAUCGAGCCUAAUCGCCACGAGUUAGUUUCCAAGUAUGAGCAACAACUGCAGAAGGUCAAAGAAGAGCUGGACAAGUUAAAGAGAAGUUACCAGAAGCUUCAGCGCAAGCAGCUCAAGGAUGCAAAUACAGGAGCCAAAGAGACGAUGCUUUCAAAGGUGAGCUGCCUGUGUGGAUAUCUUGUCCUGAGUUUUCUUUCCCACCAUCUCCUGGUGUAGAUUAUUCAUCCUCACACGUUCCUGCAGGAACAGCACCACAACCAGCUGACAACUCUGGAAGCCCAGAAUAAGAGCCUGAUGGAGGAGCUCUCUGACCUGAAAGUAAGAGCUUCGCACCGGGAGUGCUGUUCAGAGAUGCAGCAGCUCCGUGCUCAACUGGAGAAGGCUCAGGCCACUCUGCACUCACAGGAGCUGCAACUGGAGCAUCUGCAGCCGUUUGAGACGCUGAGCGGACCGUACCAGGAACAUCUGCUGUCAGGACAGACGGAGCUCUACGCCACGCUGGACUCCCAGGAUGCAUUUCUGCACAGAAACAGUCAGGAGCACCAAAGCCUUUGUAAUGAAGCUGCUGCACUCAAACAAGUGCUGCAAGCUAAAGAGCAGGUCAUCCGCUCUCUGGAGGACUGCCUGGCAGCUCAGGGCUGCGCCACAGUGGAAACCCUCAGGAAGGAGCUGGAGACGACUGCAGCCAGGCUUCAGAGGGCUCAAACAUGUGAGGUCCACCUGAAGGCAGAGCUCUCGCGUCUGAGAGAGAGACUGGAAUAUAUGAGCAGACAGCAAGGUGAACACUCCAACCUGGAGCAGGAACUGAGGGACGUUACAGCAGCCCAUGCCUCCUCUGCUGCUGAAAUCACAAAGCUCAAAGAGGAGCUUCAGAGAGCCAGGCAGACCCACAGCAGGGAGGUCGAUGGGAUGAGGAAGGAGGUGUUGAAGCUGACGGCUGAGCUGCACCAGCGAGACCUCACCAUCGUGGCUCCGAGCGCCUCCUCGUCCAGCAUCGAGCAGCAGCUGAGAGACGAGGUGGAGCGAGCCGAGCACAAGGCGGCUGAGCUUAAAAUGACUCGGGCGCAGCUGGAGACUGUACAAGCAGAGAAGCAGCGUCUGAAGGAUCUCCUGCAGCCUCGCUCCCCACAGAGGGGGGGUCCCUCUGCAGCUUCGCUGAGGGGGGGCCACAUGUCGUCCCUGAGCUGCCUGGAACAGGAAAACCACCAGUUAAGACUGGAACUUGCCAAGCUGCGGCCUCAGCUGGACGCUUCGAACCAAGCCUGUCAGGAGAAGUAUGAACGUGCUCUGCUCAGCCACGCCUCGGUGGACCGGCCACAGCUGGACCAGGACCGGCCACAGCUGGACCAGGACAGGUAGAUGGCACCGCCAAAUGGCUUCGAGUUUCAGGCGCAGGAGAACACCACUCGUUAUGAAGGAGAGAUCCAGAGGCUGUUUAAAAAGCUUCAGACUCUGUCUCAGACCCCCACGGAGCAGAACCGGGUCCACGGGGCUCAUUCUCCCUCCUCCUCCUCGUCCAGCAGCAGCACCAGGCUGACCAGGAGAAACUCAGUGCCAGCAAGUCCCAAUAAACGUGCUCCUGAGGGUUCAGGCUCAGAAGACUGUCAGACCUCAGGCUCCAUGGAGGAAGGGGUUCCCUCUCCUUCAGAGGGGGUUCUGUCAGUGUCGCCUGCACAUGGCGUGAUCGGUUGUUUCCUGGAGGAGGAGCGCUUGCAGUCCGAGGAGCUGAUGCAGAAACUGGACCUCCACAUCCAGGGGAUGAGAGAGCGCAACGCCAGGACAGUGUCCAAAUACCGGACCGGCGGCUCAGGACCCGAAGCGGAUCAAGGUUCUGAGCAGAGCGGCCGGCUUUAAUGUGUUUGAUAAAUGAGAGCAACCUGAACAAGCACGAUUCACGUGUUUUUUUGAACCGUCCAGAGGACCAGACUUGACUUUUUUAGAUUUUCUAC